AUGGCGAAACCCACCUUAUUGUUCUUCUUCGCAAACCUCAUUUUCCCUCUCUUCAUAAUCACCUCAUUAAACGUCUCCCCAAUUUUCUGCUACAGAGCCUGGCGGAGGCCGCCAUUCCCUUAUCGCCGCCCACUCCCGCCGCCGCCGCCCACUCCACCGCAGCCGCUGCCCCACAAGAUCUCCACGGUCCUCAUCUUUGGCGACUCCACGGUGGACACGGGCAACAACAACCACCUCUCCACGGUCUUCAAGGCCAACUUCCCGCCGUACGGGCAGGACUUCCCGGGCCACGUGGCCACGGGCAGGUUCUCGAACGGGAAGCUGGUCCCGGACUUCCUGGCCUCGAUGCUCGGGAUCAAGGACACGGUCCCGCCGUACCUCGACCCGGGCCUGAGGCCCCGGGACCUGCUGACCGGGGUCAGCUUCGCGUCGGCCGGGUCGGGCUACGACGAGCGGACCAGUACCGGGUUCACGAACGUGAUCCCGGUACUGAAGCAGGUCGACCUGUUCAGGAGGUACAUCGAGCGGGUGGAAGGGCUCGUCGAGGAGGCGCAGGCGCUCGAGAUCGUGAACGCGGCGCUCGUGCUCGUCGCCGCGGGAACCAACGACAUGACGUUUAAUUUCUACGACGUACCGUCGACGACGAACAGGAGGGCCGAGUUCAAUCUCAGCGGGUACCAUCAUUUCCUCCAGAACAACCUAGGGAUCUUCGUUAAGGAACUGUACACUCUAGGAGCCCGGAGAAUGCUAAUAACAGGGCUCCCUCCGAUCGGCUGCCUGCCGAUCCAGAAGGCAACCAGGAAUUCCCAAUCCUGCGUAAAACAACAGAACAAAGACGCUCUUUCCUACAACAAGAAGCUCAAGAAACUGCUCCCCAUCCUGCAAUCGGAGCUCCCCCGCAGCAGGUUGAUCUUCGGGGACAUUUACAAGCCGUUCCUCGAGAUGAUCCGAUUCCCCAAGAAAUAUGGAUUUGCAGAGGUGAGCAGAGGAUGCUGCGGAACAGGGAGGUCGAUGGAGAGGUCGAUGCUGUGCAAUCGGAAGACGCCGAAGUGCCACAAUGCUUCUCAGUACGUGUUUUGGGAUAGCAUCCAUCCUUCGCAGGCGACUUACGAGCUUGCUUCGAAAAGGAUUCUGCUGCGUCUGCUUCCUGAAUUGACAUGAAAAAACAGGGGGAUUCUUGCUCUGUUUCUUUUCCAUGGAAUUGUCACAGAAUUUGUCCGGGUGCAGUUUCAGUAAUAAUUUGAUGAUGAUUAUUAUGAAGGCCAUAAAAAUUUAAG